CAUGUCCAAGGACACUGAACCAGUGCUUCAUCAUAUGCUAACUAUGCUUUAUAAAACUGACAAUUUUCUUCAUGACCACAUUGAUAUGGAAAACAGAGAAAUAGUUAAUGCUUUUUGUAAAAAACUAAGUGAGCAUUUACACCUAGCCACGCGAUUCAAUGAACAUGGAAGAUACAACCAACACUAUGCCUUGGGAAACCUUCUUCAUCCGUACUUUAGAGGAUAUAUGCUUAGACAUUACGGUAUCUUCGAAAAGUUCACCAGAAAAGUCAUCAACGAUCAUCCAUCGUCGGACGCUGUUUCGAUCAGUGAAAAAAAAUAAUCAUAAAGCUACACAAGUUAAAAUGCCAGUUGGUGUGGAUGAGUGCGACGAUUUACAAAAUAUAGAGAUUGAACAGGGUAAUAAUAACCACACCAUUAGUCAAAAUGUACCGGAAAUUGAAAGGGAGUUUGAAUCUUUCCACGCUAUGCCUUGUGUUGAAGAAAAUCAUAAAGUUGAUGUGCUGAAAUGGUGGAAGAAACAUGCCUCUACUUUGCCAUUGUUAGCACAAUUGGCAACAAAUUUGCUCUGCAUUCCAGCUGCAUCAAGCUGUAGUGAGAGAGUGUUCAGCGCCAGCGGUGGAAUUAUAAAUGAUAAAAGACACAGUCUUUCCACUAAGAAAGCAAAGCAAUUGACUUUGAUUAAAGUCAAUUAUGAUCUUGUCUGUCCUCACAUGACCUUGAAAAUUAUAAGCGACGCUGAAGAAGCCCUGGACCCCCCAGCAUUAACUCCAGUUAGAACACCUCCCAAAAAUCCUAUUCCUAAAGCAGUUUUUUAAAUAACCAAAAAAGGUUAUUGUUCAAAACAAAAAACGUUUCAACAACGCCAUUAUGUUCUUCUUCUUUACCAUCAACACCAACAUCUUCAGGAAUCAAAAGAAAAACAAUGGAAAUUCCAGAAGAAUCCGAAGCAACAUCAUCCGAAAAAACAUCCGAAAGUGACACUCAACAAGUAUUAAAAUAAAAAUGUUUUACUUUUUAUUGUGAAAUUUUAAAAUCGUGAAAUAUAAUUGUCUAAAUAAAAACUGAUUUUUCGUAAAAAUCGCAAAUGUGUGCUUAAAUUGGUACAAUAUAAAAGUAAAUUACUUUUUUAUUUUAUGCUAGCCCUAUCUGU